AUGGCCGCUCCUCUCUCAAAGGCUGAAUCUUCAUACCUUUCCACAGGACUGCUCCUCUCAGAGCGUGCAGAUGGACGCUCUCUCCUCGACUAUAGGCCUAUAACUCUUGCUACUGGCGUUGUUCCCAGCGCGAAUGGCAGUGCGCGUGCAAGAGUAGGGGACACGGACGUCUUGGUGGCGGUCAAGUUGGACGCGGUGAGGUUAGAUGACGUGGUUGACGGAGACGACGAGAGGCAGGAAGGAAAAGCGCAGUUCGUUUGCUCUGUUGAAUGCUCCCCGUCAGCCCUACCACACCUUCCGACAGACACGCUCCCCGACCUUUCCUCCGACCUUACCACCCUUCUUUCGUACUACCUUUCUCUCCCUUCCCUUCUUCCUCUCCGACAGCUCCUCAUAGUCCCUCGUCGUCGGGCAUGGCAACUCUCCGUCGACGCGCUGCUCCUUUCCUAUGGCGGGAACGUCACCGACGUCCUUUUUGCCGCUGUUCGGGCUGCACUGUGGGAUUUACGAGUGCCUAAAACAAGAAACUUCGUUUACGAUACGCCAGAUGCAGCGGAUAGCGCGCUCGGGCCUGGGUUAGGGGGGUUCAGGAUAGAGCGGGCCGGAGUGCUAGAUCAUGCUCGUGGAUUACGCCGACCUGAAGCAGCAGAUUUCGAGCUGGAGGAUGGGUCGGACGAGGGAGUGCCACUAGAGGGGCGUGAGCUCCUCCCUGUCUGCAUCACCUUGAAUCUUUUAACUCCGAUAUUUUACCUGGACGCCCUCCCCGCUGAAGAGGCAUGCACCCCCUGCCGCGUCAUUCUCUUCGUUCGACCCUCGGGGGCCCUAUGCGGCCUUCACAGGGUAGGAGACUCGGAGAUCAUGCCAGCAGAGCUCAAACAAGUGUUACACGAGGCUGUGAAGCACGGCCAGGAAUUAGCGAAGGCACUGAAUGACCGACUGAGGGAUCCGAAAAUCGCAUCUUUGGGUUCAAAUUUAGGGGCGUUCAGUUGA